AUGAGCGACAGUGGGUUUUUAAGCGAUCCUGCUAUAAUUGGGUUGUCUUCUCCAACUGAAAUUCCAAGAGCAGACACGAACCCCAAGAACCUUGGGUUUGAGCCGGGUAGUGCACUUUCGAAAUUGCUAGAUUCGGCUGUGGCCAACGCUGCAAAGGAAGUCACACCAGAGCCGGAGUCUGAUGGGAACCUGAAACAUGGCGGGCAACAACAGCCGAGAUCAAAGCGAUCCUCGAUCCAAAAUUUCGUACCAACAGAAAAAACGGACCAUUCAAGAAUCUACUCGAUAAACUAUUUACUAGACUUGAGGUCGAGCCCUGCUGUUUUGGACUUUGACGCCACUCGGCUUCCCGAAUUCUCGUUCUGGCGGUAUAAAUCCAAGGAUGGCACGAAAAACCACAACCAGGAUAACAGUCAUAAUAAUCAUAGUAACAACGCGCCGAGUGGAACUGGUAAGCGUAAUCGGCGAAAUAAAGAUUCGGCGAACACGGGUGCAUCGGACACUCUUAACUGGGGCCGCAAGCCGGCUGGAUUUUUGAAAGAAUCUGACAUCGACAAGAUGUCCAAGGAAAAAAUAUCGCAGCUUUUAGGAGAGCCCCAUGAAGAAGAAACUCCUGACUGGGACUUGCCAGGCUCAAAUGUCGAAUUGGAAAUGGGCAUGGGCAGUACAGUGGAAGAUUUCGAGCGCUGGAAGUUGCACAUGCGCCAAGAAGAAAGACGUAGAAACGGAGGGCCUGAAGCCGUUGGAGAAAUCGCUGAUCUUGCACCUUCCAAUGAGGUGGAUAGCUUCUUUUCUUUCGCUAGACCGAAAGAACCGGUCACCGAAAAUUCAUCGUCAUCUGUCAAGAAACAAGCCGAGAACCAAAGCUCGAGAUUCUCGUCUUUCUUUGGUGGGCCUGCUCCAGCCCCAGAAGGCAGAACUCACUCGACAGGCGAGUCAGAGAAUUCUAACAGUUCUCGAAAGUCGUUGAAAGACGACCACAGUGGUGGAAGCCUGCGGUUUUUCAAAGGCAAUUUUCAUGCCCAAAGCGCAUCGCACCCUCAAAGCCCCGAGGAAUUACAGAGACUGCAAGAAAGGAUGUCGCAUGGCCCACCUCCUGGAAUACACUCCAAGUUUCAAACUCACAAUGGAGUGCCACACCCACCCUCUCUGGGGGCUACCAACAGUAUGCCCCCACACCCCAAUCCUCCCCCAGGAUUUCACAUGAAUGCCGGCCCACCACUUGGGCUGGGAAUGAUGAUGGGCCCAGGCCCCAGAGGGCUUCCCAAUAAUGACUCGUUUUUCCUUUCUUUGCUAAAUAAAAGAGAGAUCGGACCGGCUCCUGAGGGCUCUGCCCCAAUAGCUAUGGGAACAUAUCCACCGCAAGCCACAAAAUCCGCGGAGAGUAAGCAAUUUGAGAGACCACCAUCGUUUGGCAUUCAUGUGAGCGGUCAAGAUGCCUAUAGAGAACCUAGCUUUUCAGGGCCAAGCACACCGAAUGCCCAGCAGGUCAAACCUCCCCAGUAUAUUCCAUACCAAGAUAUGGCCAGGGGCAUGAGUCAACCCCAGGUUGGCAUGAAGCCACCUCCAGGAAUGAAGCCAUUUCCGGGGACACAGUUACCACAGGGAAUGUUCCCACCUGGAAUGUUUCCACCAGGCGCUCAGGCGCCAAAUCAAAGAGCUCCUACCAGCCUUCAGACCCUUUCCUUACAAGCCCAACAAAAUCCAAUGCACCAGAAUGGACAAGGCGUUCCAAAGCCGCCAAUGCGUGGUGAAAUGCCUCCCCCAUGGAUGGGAUUUGGACCAAACGUCCCUGAAGGCAUGGUCCCGCCAGGAUUCAAUCACAUGCCGCAUGGCUUUCCACCAGGAUUUCCACACCCUCCUCCACCCAACAACCACCAGCAGACACAGGAGCAGUCGCAACAGAAGUAG